GAGGGCGCAGGUGAAGACACGCCGCAGCUGUUUUCUUCUGAGGAAAGCGAAGAGUCUGAAGAAGAUGAGGAAGUCGUGGGGUUGGCGGAGUUAGACAUCAGGUCAAAAGAAAGCAUUUUGACGCUUCCCCCUUUUCUGCAGCGCAAAGGACGCAGGACCAAGCUGCAAAUGACGAAGCAGGAGCAGCGCGUGUUCAGAGACCCUGAAGAAUUCAAAGCGUUUUUAACCAGCAGCGGCGAAUUUGUGGAGCUGCCCCUCGACUCAGCCAUAGACCCCAAAGUGUUUAACGCUUUGCCGCUAACCCUUCAGUACCAGGUGCUGCUGCAAAUCCGAGACGCCUGGAUCGAAGCCUCGAGGCGGCGGGCCCUCAGCUGCAGCAGCGACACUUCGGUGUUUUCGAAUGUGCAGCUGGAGGGUUACAUUCGGGCGAUUCAGACAAAUCGAGAAAUUAACAGCGUUAAGACCAAAAUGGCGGAGCAGCAGCAAGAGAUGAGGCAGCAGCAGCAGCUCGAAGAAGAGCAGCAGCAGCAGCAGCAGGAGCCACCGCCCUUGCUGCUGCAGCUGGGAGGGAAUAUGCCCCAGGAACAGCAGCAGCAGCAGCGGCAAAUUGCGGCGAUGCAAAAAUCAGAGAUAUCGCCUUCGCAGAGACUGCAGAGCCUGGCGGACAUUCCCACUGGCAGCAGCAGCAGCAUCAGCAGCAGCAUCAGCAGCAGCAGCAGCAGCAGCAGCAGCAGCGCUUCGUGGAUGGAGUUGUGCGGGCUAGUCCCAAAGUCCGGGCGCCGCAAAUUUGUGAACGAUUUGCUGCUGCUGCAGCAGCAGCAGCAAGAGGAGCAGCAGCAGCAGCGGCUGCGGGGAACAUCAGAACUUGAUUUAAAAUCGCUGCGGCCCUCGGAGCUCUUCAGUGGUGCUGCUGCUGCUGCUCUUGCUGCUGAGAACAAACGAAGGGAAAUGCAGGAGCUCUUUGACAGCAGCAGCAGCAGCAGCAGGGUGCAGCAGCAACAGCAGCAAGAGUUUCUGGAUGAUGAGUUCUACGUCAAGAAGGACGGCAAAAAGAAGCACCUGGCGCUGCUUCCAGACGAAGAGAUUUUCGGUGAGGAAUUUCUAGCUGGGGAGACAGCCGCUACUGCUGAGCCAGCAGCAGCAGCAACAGCAGCAGCAGCAGCAGAAGCGGCAGCAAAUGCUACGGCGGAUAAUAGCGACACCGAGUUUGAAGACUGCGAAAUUGAUGAGCCAAUUUUGCCGCUGGAACCGCAGCAGCAGCAGCAGCAGCAGCAGCAAGAGUUGCAGCAGCAGACGCAGCAACAGCAACAUCUAGAAGAGCAGCACCAGCAGCAGGA